AUGCCCGCGGACGAGCACUCAGGCGAGAGGAGGGACCAGGAAGGGAGACACAGACGGACGCGCUCUCAGUCCGUGACCCGCAGCCGUUCGCGAUCGCGGUCUCCCAGGCGACACCGGGAUGAGACGAGACGGAGGUCACCCAUCGACGGGAGGAGCUCGCGGCGGGAGCGGAGGCGGUCUCCGCGCAGGGAGGACCGCGACCGGGAGUCCAGUCAUCAUCACCGGCACCACCACCAUCGCCAUCGGGGCUACAAAGACAAAGACCAGAGCAGCAAGAAACCCGCCACCGCAGCUACUGAGCCUCUACCUUACGAGGCACGGCAGCUAUCCAAGUCGGAGCUCGGCGUAUUCCGACCGUUGCUGGCGUACUACCUCGACUUGCAGAAGCAAAAGGACAUCCGCGAUAUGGACGAGCGGGAGGUACGGGGCCGUUGGAAGAGUUUUGUGGGGAAAUGGAACCGCGGGCAGCUAAGUCAGGGGUGGUAUGAUCCCGAGAUGUUUGUUGCGGCCAAGGAGAGGGCCAUUGAGGAGGGCAUUGAUGGACCAAGGGACGGGGCGGGGCGCGAUGAAACUGAGGAGGCGAUGGAGGAGAAGCGUGGGAGGGUUGGUGACGAGGAUGGGAUUGAGGAUGACGAGGACGAUGAUGAAGAUGACGAUGACCUCGGACCGAGACCCCCGCCCACGGCACGAGAAGGAGGCCAACGCUCAGGCCCCGGCAUCCCGAGCAUGGCGGACCUGUCCCUCCACCGCGAGACCCUGGCCGAGGAAGCGCAGCGCGAGAGGGAGGCGCGGGUCGCGGACCUUCGGCAGCAGCGCAAAGACGAUCGCAAGCUGCAGCGCGAGCGGCUGGACGACGUGGCGCCGCGCGCGGAAGCUGGGACGCGCGAGAGGCAGCUGGAGAAGAAGGCGUUGGUGAACGACAAGAUGAAGGAGUUCCGAGACAAGGGCGGCGGAGAUGGCGGAGUGCCAGAGGUCGCGGAGCAGGAACUCAUGGGGGGCGGAGACUCGCUGCAGGAGUUCAAGGCGAUGAAAGCGCGGGAGGAGAGGAAGAAGACGGAAAGAGAGGUGAGGAGGGAGGAGAUUGCGAGGGCGAGGGAGGUAGAGAGGCAGGAGAGGGUCCGGGAGUAUCGCGAGAGGGAGGAAGGGGUUAUGAAGGGGCUGAGGGAGCUAGCGAGGCAGAGAUUCGGGUAG